UCAUACAACUGUUCACAACACCAACACAACACAGUCUGUUGAUGUUGCUGAAAUGUGUAGUUAUUUACGUAAAAACUAAAACAUAAUUAAUUAAAAUGUUUAGAAUAAUAUUCAGUGCUCUGUUCUUAAUAACAGUGGUUGGUGCUACUAAGAAUAAAAGCGGAAUUUCUAAUAGAAUCUUCAUCUAUAACACAUACAAGUAUGACACAAGAGUUACAGUAUUUGUCAAUGAUACUACAGAACAGUUCUUGGAUUUCUACGAGGAUUCAGAGUUAUGGCACGGCUACCCUACCCGCGUCCAUGUGUCGACGAAUGAAUCUCUUAGCACUGACAACCCUAUCUUCGUGACCGCCACGCAGCAGAAGGGUAUAUCGUCUUGGGAACUACCACUGCUGGUGCAGACUGCGGGUGGCGCGUUACUGUUCUCCGACAUGGCGCGGACGCUGUGCCCUCAUGAUGCUGGACCAGACAUAAAAACGGAGAACCGUCCCACAAUACAGAUCACGACUUCCAAUCCCAAGAACGUGUCCGUGGACAUCAAACUCAAGAGAGUCACCGACUUCUAUGUUGAUGUUAACAAGGAGCUCCAACUAAACGCGACGCCGAGCACUCCGAAGUACUUCUUCUUCUCGUUCGACCAGCAUCCGUGGAACAUCACCGCGACUGGACCUGUUGAGAUGGGCUCCAGGUUCAACUACACAAUUCCUAAAAGCGUGAUUCUUAUCAUAGAUUCGGAUGACGACAUAUGUGCUACUGUCUCCAUACAAAACAACUCUUGUCCGGUGUUCGACAGCGAGAAGGAGGCGCUGUACAAGGGCUACCAUCUCACCAUGAUGAGCAAGGGAGGCAUCACGCUCACCCAAUCGAUGUUCCCUACGGGUUUCUACAUAGUGUUCAUAGUGAAGGAGAACGAUGAGGAGUGCACGGGCGCCAGCGACUCCCCUGCAUCAUACUGGCGAGACAACCGGAUGAAGAGCUUCAGGUUCCGCGUGAUAGCGACGAUCUCGUACCGCGAGUACGUGGUGGGUGCUCUGGUGACGCUGGCGCUGGUGGCCGCAGUCGCUCUGCUCGUCACGCUGGCCACCGUCGCCUGCUCCUGUCGCUGUUCCGAAACAGUAACGAUCAUAGAGUCGGAGCCCAUAGUGCAGGCGUCCACGUCAAGCGCGAGCGCGGCCACCGCCGGGGAGGGGGAGGGGGAGGCGCCGCUACUGCGGGAUGACGAUGAUGAGCCGGAAGAGGAACAGUGGUCCCGCUCACACCCCCUCACCGUACAUAAGCUGACCCGAGCUCCUCCGGAGACCUUCGCCAGGAGAUCAGACAGAUACUUCUGGGGAGCCCUGACCGUAGCAGUUGUGUACUCGCUGCCGGUCGUACAACUACUCUUCACAUAUCAGAGGAUGGUAUACCAGACAGGCAACCAGGACCUGUGCUACUACAAUUUCCUCUGCGCCCACCCACUGGGCUUCCUGUCGGACUUCAACCACGUGUACUCCAACGUGGCCUACGUGCUGCUCGGCCUCGUGUUCAUGGCGCAGGUGCGGCGCCGCCAGCGCACCACAAGCGGCAGACCGCAGGACCUAGGCAUCCCGCAGCACUACGGGCUGCUGUACUCCAUGGGGCUGGCGUUGGUGAUGGAAGGCGUGCUGUCUGCAUGCUACCACCUCUGUCCCAACAAGAUGAACUUCCAGUUCGACUCGUCGUUCAUGUACGUGAUCGCGGUGCUGGUGAUGAUCAAGUUGUAUCAGAACCGACAUUCUGACAUCAUACCGAGUGCACACACGACAUUCAUCGUGCUUGCUGUUAUUAUGACUUUAGGUCUGUUCGGCAUCCUGUUCCCGAGCGUGGCGUUCUCGGUGCUGUUCACGAUACUGCACAUCGCGACCUGUCUCAUACUCACGCUCAAGAUAUACUACGCGGGCAAGUUUAAUUUAGAGUGGUCGGCGCUAGGUCGCGGCGUGUGGGCAGUGCGGCUGCAGGGAUGGCGAGCCCUGGCGCCCGCGCCGCGCUGCUGGCGGCCGCUAAUGUCGCUAACUGGGCCUUCGCUAUAUACAAUACAUAUCGUGCACAGAGUGGUCGGCGCUAGGUCGCGGCGUGUGGGCAGUGCGGCUGCAGGGAUGGCGAGCCCUGGCGCCCGCGCCGCGCUGCUGGCGGCCGCUAAUGUCGCUAACUGGGCCUUCGCUAUAUACAAUACAUAUCGUGCACAGAGUGGUCGGCGCUAGGUCGCGGCGUGUGGGCAGUGCGGCUGCAGGGAUGGCGAGCCCUGGCGCCCGCGCCGCGCUGCUGGCGGCCGCUAAUGUCGCUAACUGGGCCUUCGCUAUAUACAAUACAUAUCGUGCACAGAGUGGUCGGCGCUAGGUCGCGGCGUGUGGGCAGUGCGGCUGCAGGGAUGGCGAGCCCUGGCGCCCGCGCCGCGCUGCUGGCGGCCGCUAAUGUCGCUAACUGGGCCUUCGCUAUAUACAAUACAUAUCGUGCACAGAGUGGUCGGCGCUAGGUCGCGGCGUGUGGGCAGUGCGGCUGCAGGGAUGGCGAGCCCUGGCGCCCGCGCCGCGCUGCUGGCGGCCGCUAAUGUCGCUAACUGGGCCUUCGCUAUAUACAAUACAUAUCGUGCACAGAGUGGUCGGCGCUAGGUCGCGGCGUGUGGGCAGUGCGGCUGCAGGGAUGGCGAGCCCUGGCGCCCGCGCCGCGCUGCUGGCGGCCGCUAAUGUCGCUAACUGGGCCUUCGCUAUAUACAAUACAUAUCGUGCACAGAGUGGUCGGCGCUAGGUCGCGGCGUGUGGGCAGUGCGGCUGCAGGGAUGGCGAGCCCUGGCGCCCGCGCCGCGCUGCUGGCGGCCGCUAAUGUCGCUAACUGGGCCUUCGCUAUAUACAAUACAUAUCGUGCACAGAGUGGUCGGCGCUAGGUCGCGGCGUGUGGGCAGUGCGGCUGCAGGGAUGGCGAGCCCUGGCGCCCGCGCCGCGCUGCUGGCGGCCGCUAAUGUCGCUAACUGGGCCUUCGCUAUAUACAAUACAUAUCGUGCACAGAGUGGUCGGCGCUAGGUCGCGGCGUGUGGGCAGUGCGGCUGCAGGGAUGGCGAGCCCUGGCGCCCGCGCCGCGCUGCUGGCGGCCGCUAAUGUCGCUAACUGGGCCUUCGCUAUAUACAAUACAUAUCGUGCACAGAGUGGUCGGCGCUAGGUCGCGGCGUGUGGGCAGUGCGGCUGCAGGGAUGGCGAGCCCUGGCGCCCGCGCCGCGCUGCUGGCGGCCGCUAAUGUCGCUAACUGGGCCUUCGCUAUAUACAAUACAUAUCGUGCACAGAGUGGUCGGCGCUAGGUCGCGGCGUGUGGGCAGUGCGGCUGCAGGGAUGGCGAGCCCUGGCGCCCGCGCCGCGCUGCUGGCGGCCGCUAAUGUCGCUAACUGGGCCUUCGCUAUAUACAAUACAUAUCGUGCACAGAGUGGUCGGCGCUAGGUCGCGGCGUGUGGGCAGUGCGGCUGCAGGGAUGGCGAGCCCUGGCGCCCGCGCCGCGCUGCUGGCGGCCGCUAAUGUCGCUAACUGGGCCUUCGCUAUAUACAAUACAUAUCGUGCACAGAGUGGUCGGCGCUAGGUCGCGGCGUGUGGGCAGUGCGGCUGCAGGGAUGGCGAGCCCUGGCGCCCGCGCCGCGCUGCUGGCGGCCGCUAAUGUCGCUAACUGGGCCUUCGCUAUAUACAAUACAUAUCGUGCACAGAGUGGUCGGCGCUAGGUCGCGGCGUGUGGGCAGUGCGGCUGCAGGGAUGGCGAGCCCUGGCGCCCGCGCCGCGCUGCUGGCGGCCGCUAAUGUCGCUAACUGGGCCUUCGCUAUAUACAAUACAUAUCGUGCACAGAGUGGUCGGCGCUAGGUCGCGGCGUGUGGGCAGUGCGGCUGCAGGGAUGGCGAGCCCUGGCGCCCGCGCCGCGCUGCUGGCGGCCGCUAAUGUCGCUAACUGGGCCUUCGCUAUAUACAAUACAUAUCGUGCACAGAGUGGUCGGCGCUAGGUCGCGGCGUGUGGGCAGUGCGGCUGCAGGGAUGGCGAGCCCUGGCGCCCGCGCCGCGCUGCUGGCGGCCGCUAAUGUCGCUAACUGGGCCUUCGCUAUAUACAAUACAUAUCGUGCACAGAGUGGUCGGCGCUAGGUCGCGGCGUGUGGGCAGUGCGGCUGCAGGGAUGGCGAGCCCUGGCGCCCGCGCCGCGCUGCUGGCGGCCGCUAAUGUCGCUAACUGGGCCUUCGCUAUAUACAAUACAUAUCGUGCACAGAGUGGUCGGCGCUAGGUCGCGGCGUGUGGGCAGUGCGGCUGCAGGGAUGGCGAGCCCUGGCGCCCGCGCCGCGCUGCUGGCGGCCGCUAAUGUCGCUAACUGGGCCUUCGCUAUAUACAAUACAUAUCGUGCACAGAGUGGUCGGCGCUAGGUCGCGGCGUGUGGGCAGUGCGGCUGCAGGGAUGGCGAGCCCUGGCGCCCGCGCCGCGCUGCUGGCGGCCGCUAAUGUCGCUAACUGGGCCUUCGCUAUAUACAAUACAUAUCGUGCACAGAGUGGUCGGCGCUAGGUCGCGGCGUGUGGGCAGUGCGGCUGCAGGGAUGGCGAGCCCUGGCGCCCGCGCCGCGCUGCUGGCGGCCGCUAAUGUCGCUAACUGGGCCUUCGCUAUAUACAAUACAUAUCGUGCACAGAGUGGUCGGCGCUAGGUCGCGGCGUGUGGGCAGUGCGGCUGCAGGGAUGGCGAGCCCUGGCGCCCGCGCCGCGCUGCUGGCGGCCGCUAAUGUCGCUAACUGGGCCUUCGCUAUAUACAAUACAUAUCGUGCACAGAGUGGUCGGCGCUAGGUCGCGGCGUGUGGGCAGUGCGGCUGCAGGGAUGGCGAGCCCUGGCGCCCGCGCCGCGCUGCUGGCGGCCGCUAAUGUCGCUAACUGGGCCUUCGCUAUAUACAAUACAUAUCGUGCACAGAGUGGUCGGCGCUAGGUCGCGGCGUGUGGGCAGUGCGGCUGCAGGGAUGGCGAGCCCUGGCGCCCGCGCCGCGCUGCUGGCGGCCGCUAAUGUCGCUAACUGGGCCUUCGCUAUAUACAAUACAUAUCGUGCACAGAGUGGUCGGCGCUAGGUCGCGGCGUGUGGGCAGUGCGGCUGCAGGGAUGGCGAGCCCUGGCGCCCGCGCCGCGCUGCUGGCGGCCGCUAAUGUCGCUAACUGGGCCUUCGCUAUAUACAAUACAUAUCGUGCACAGAGUGGUCGGCGCUAGGUCGCGGCGUGUGGGCAGUGCGGCUGCAGGGAUGGCGAGCCCUGGCGCCCGCGCACCGCGCCCGCGCCGCGCUGCUGGCGGCCGCUAA